CAGAAGAAGAAGCAGCAGAAGAAGCGGUUCAGUUUGUCCACUGAUGGAAGUUAUACUCCGCUUUUAGGAGGGCCGCGGUGAAUUUUAAACUCCGUUCCGGACUGAAGGUGGAGGAGAGGAAUCGCCCCGCAUGGCGGCUCCGGCUCUGCAGCAGCCCAGCUUCUUACUGGCCAACCUGAAGGCGGACUGCGGCACCAAGCCACUGCUGCAGCGCUGCCAGGACCUGGUGAAGGUCAUCGACGAGUAUCCUGCCAAGGAGCUGCACCCGGUCCUACCCUGGCUCAUGGAGGCGGUCUUCGGCAGCCUGGACGGCGUCCUCGCCGGCUGGAACCUGCGCUUCCUGCACUCCCGGAGCAGCGAGUACGGCUUGGCGCUGGACUUCCUCGGUCCCACCGGCCCCGUGAUGAAGCUGGUGUACAAGCUGCAGGCCGAGGACUACAAGUACGAAAUCCCCGUCAACUACCUGCCGGGUCCAGUGAAGGCCUGCAUCCAGGAGGGCGUCCUGCCGGACUGCCCGCUGUUCCACAACAAGCUGCAGUUCCCCCCGGCCGGCCUGCUGGCCCUCAGCCUGGCCCUCAAUCCCUUUGAGUUCUUCAUGUUCAACUUCGCCUACUGUCUCAUCAGUCCGAAGAGUUUCCCUCCAGGCCACCAGGGCGGCUCCACUGACAGCGCUUACUUUGUGCUGGUGGACACUUACCUCAAGUACUUCCUGCCCACCGAGGGCAGCGUGCCUCCAUCGCCGUUCUCCGACUCCAGAGGCUCGGUCAGCGCCCCGUCCCCCCGGGCGUCUAGCGUGUCCUUCGCCGGGUACGGCGUCCACAGCCCCAGCCUGCUGAAGCACCACAUCUUCCACCAGCCGUCGGUCAACGCCGACCCGGCGGCCCAGGAGAUCUGGCGGUCCGAGACGCUGCUGCAGAUGGUGGUGGAGGUGUGGCUCCAUCACUACUCCCUGGACAUGUACCAGAAGCUGCAGUCUCCCCAGGUGAAGCUGGCUCUGCUGCAGUACCGCCUCAGUAUGUCCAGUGGUACGUCCGGCGUGCCGCUCCCGCCCCCGGCCCCCCCGCCGGGCCCUGGGAGCCUCCACACCUACCAAGUACUUUUACCUUUUCACUCAGCCCCGGCCCUGCGGGGCCUCCUGGAGGAGCCCUUCAGCCCCUCGGAGGAGCACGUCCUGGUGGUGCGUCUCCUGGUCAAACACCUCCACGCCUUCUCCAGCAGCCUGAAGGCAGAGCCGGGCCCCGCCCCCGCCCCGCCCCCCGCCCACCCCCACCCCGGGCCCCUGGAGGAGUUCAAGAGGGUGGUGGUCCAGCGCUUCGUGCAGCAGAAGCUCUACCUCUUCCUGCAGCACUGCUUCGGCCACUGGCCUCUGGACGCCUCCUUCAGAGCCGUGUUGGAGACGUGGCUCAGCUACAUCCAGCCGUGGAGAUACACCGGGGACAAGAGCGCCGUCCAGGCGGACCAGAACAGGACCGUCCCCGACAAGUGGGAGUCCUUCGUCCACGAGAACCUGCUCCUGUACACCAAGCUGUUCCAGGUCUUCCUCAACCGGGCCGUGAGGACGGACCUGGUCAACGCCAAGAACGCCCUGAUGGUCUUCAGAGUGGCCAAAGUCUUCUCCCAGCCCAACCUGGCCGAGAUGAUCCAGAAAGGCGAGCAGCUGUUCCUGGAACCCGAGCACGUCCUGCACCACCGGCAGCCCCGCGGCUACCUGACCCCCGGCCAGGGCGGCAGCUACCUGUCGUCACGGCAACGGGCGGUGCCCGACAUGGUGUUCCGGGUCAAGAGCCACGUCUACUCGCUGGAGGGCCAGGACUGCCAGUACCAGCAGAUGUUCGGCUCCGAGCUGCGAGGGGGGGUCCUGAAGCUGGUCCAGAUCAUCGCUCAGGCCCGGCAGACGGCCAAACGGAUCUCGGACCAGUCCAGCGAGGCGGCCUCCUCCGGAUCCUUCCUGUCCUGGUUCGGACUCGGCUCGGCCGACGCCGGCGGCGCCUUCAGCGGCGCCGAGCCCGAGGAGACCGGGGAGUGCCUGAAGAAGACCCACGAGUUCCUGGACCGGGCCCUGGAGAACCUGAGCCAGAUCUUCAAGCUGAACCAGGGACACCUGAACCAGGUCUUGUCCAACCUGGGCUCCUCUCAGGACGACGGGAACUGCAGGCAGCUGCCGGACUGCGUCCAGGGGGAGGACGGCCUGGUCCUGACCGAGCUGGGCCGCCGCCAGAUCAUCAACGGCCUGCGCAGGUUUGAGGUCCAGUACCAGGGAGACCCCGAGCUGCAGCCCAUCAGGAGCUAUGAGUCGGCCCUGCUGGUGCGGCUGCUGUACAGGACGUCCUCCCUGCUCAAUGACAGGUUCGGGGGUCACAUGACCGCCCUGUGCUCGCGGCCGGACUUCCUGGGCCGCCUGGGGCGGUACUACCUGACGGACGUGGCGGGCGGCGCCCGGCUGCGGCGCAGCCCGGCGAGCCGCUACACGGCGGAGCAGAGCCGGCGGCCCCGGCUGAGCCUGCGGCCGCUGGCCAGCUACCGGACGCUGCUGCUGCUGCUGCUGUUCUACCUGCUGGGGGCGCUGCUGAGCCUGGGGCCCGGCUGCAGCACGCUGCUGCUGCUCGCCGCCGCGCUGCUCUACGGACUCUUCGCCGCGCUGUUCGCCGACAAGCUGAAAGCGGCCUGACCGGCGGGGUCGAACCGGGAUCCCUACGCAGAGCCGCUCUGUCCCGGGGGACUCGCCUUCAGGAUGUUUUUAUUUGUUUUCCUCCAGCAGGACAGCCUGGAGGUCAGAGGACUGACGGACUGAUCGUGUGGAAGAGUCAAUAAACCAGUUUGCACUCGUUUGUAUUU